AUUCAUAGCAGUGACACUGAUGUGGUAGUGUGAGUGCCGCUUGUUAGAGUGUAUCAGGCACAGCAACACUGCUGAACAGCUGCCACUGUUGGGUCCUCAGUCAUUUUAAGUAAAACUGCAAUUAAUUUGAAUUUUCAGAUUCAGAUCUGGUGUAGUUUCGAACAAAUAAACACAGUUAUUACUGUAAUUUUCCACAUGAAGGUGUUCCCCCUUCCCUGCUCAAUUUGAACAGGAUGAAAGCCGCCCCUCAGCUCUGGGUAUAAUACACAGCAGAGGAAAUCUGGUGGGCUGAAACGACGUGUGGAUGCUCUUGUGUGUCUUCGUUUAGCUGGGUGGGCCUGCUUAAAGACUGGCCUAUUUUUGUAGACAUGAGAGAGUGCAGGGAAGGGAGUGUUGUUCCUGUAAGAUAGGAAGCAGCCACCAAGUCCAAAGCAAAUAUAAAGGGCGGAGUGAAAGGAAGACAGUAGUGGAAGAGUAAAAGUGGACUCGGUGGACAUCCCCCUUGAAGCUGGUGAAACAUCUUGUUGAGUGUAAUCAUUGUAGAGUGAGGGACCAUGGCCAUCCUGCUGAUUUUUAUCACACUGCUACAUCUCUUCACACUGGCAGUUGUGUUCGUUGCCACUAUGGAAAAGUCCUGGUGGGUGUGGAGCAGCACUGAGAGGUCAGACCUCUGGUACGACUGCAGGUUAGACAAUGAAACCGAGACGUGGUUUUGUGUGUCUUCGAACGAGACAGAGUGGCUUCAAGCUGUCCAAGUCCUGAUGGUCUUGUCUGCUGUCUUUUGCUCUGUCUCAUUUCUCGUUUUCCUCGGUCAGCUCUUUAUUAUGUCAAAAGGAGGCCUCUUCUACCUUACAGGAGUCUGCCAAGCAUUCGCAGGUCUCACAACCUUUACUGCAGUACUCAUCUACACAUUACACAACAAAGAAAUCCUUCAGGACGCCAGAAAUUUGAGCUCAGGACACUUUGGUUACUGCUUUAUUUUGGCAUGGGUGUGUGUGCCUUUGCUAAUGUGGAGUGGAAUCAUGUACAUAUAUUUACGCAAACGGAAGUAGCGUCACGUUUGCUCCUGAUUAAGUAUAAAACAGCCACAGUAAUAUGUAUAUAUAAAUUUGAUCACUUUUAUAUUGUAACAAAAGACAAACUUGAUAUUCUUUCUUAUUUUGUAGGAUAAUGUUCUGUACCACAAUAUCUUUUUAACUAUAUACAUGCCAAGUAUUUUUAUGAAUAAAACCUGAUUAAAACAA